AUGCAAUCAAGGCAACAAUCUCCUGGCCUGUCGGACGAGGCGACGACCUUACGGCCUACGACACCCAUGUCUCACGCGGGCUCGGAUUUUUCAAGGACAACGCUCAUGGAGACGGCUUUCCGCCCGCUGUCACCCCUGUACGGUAUUCCGCAGUAUCGUUCGGCGCAAUCCGUAGCAAGUCCGAAUCUUCACCCUGGCCCCAAUGGACCUGAUCAAUACGAUACCGAAAACUUUUGGAAACCUUUUACAAUUCGGCUUCCAUAUCUUAUCUUCCUUAAUAUUUUGACCUUAUCUUUUAUUAUAAUUAUUGAAACACUUUACUAUAUUAGCAAUCGCAGAGAUGGCUUGCUUUUUAUGAAGGAUAUCGACGAUCUGCCUCUCGGACAGUACUUUACGAUCCAGUACCUUCCGACAUUGAUUGCCGUUCUUUAUGGGAUUGCCUGGUCAAUCGUGGACCUGGAUUGUAAACGGCUAGAACCAUUUUAUGAUCUGUCUAAAGAAACGGGUGCGAGUUCGGAUGCAUUAUUUUUGGAGUAUCAGUAUCAAUUCCCUCUCUUGGUUCCGUUCAGGGCAUUUUUUAAGCGACACUGGAGCGUAUUUCUUUCGUCAACAAUAUUUUUAACUACAACCCUUAUUGUCACUCCACUGCAGAGUAGUAUACUGGCGACAGUUGACAGGACUUCUGAACUCCGGGCCGCCUUCAAUAUUACUGCUCAGUUCUUACCCAUUAACGGCAGUGAUUCAGCUUUAACACCCGAGUUUCUCUUCACCGAGUAUACGAUUAGUAGACUCAAUGGGGGUUUACCGGGGUUUACAGCUGAGGGAGAUAGCUUCCUCCCAGUUAUCCCUUCGCGGGCAUUCCAGGAGGAUAAAUUCUCUCUUUCAACUAAUUGGUCCUUGACCAAUCUAUUUUAUACAUUGGAUGUCAAUUGCGUCGAGCCGUCGUUUUCAAAUGUUACUGAUGUUAUGGUUAUUGGAAGCGAGUUGCAAGACGCGUUCAUAACCUAUGUCGUCUCAUAUCAAUUCGAAGAGAACCUCUGCAAUGUCACAAACACCCUCAAGAUCGCCAGGGAGAACGCAAAUAUUACCGGCCCCCUUGAUAUUGCGUAUGGAUAUCAUUGGCGGCGUCCUGAGCUAAUUAGCCAAUGGUGUGGUUUCAAAAAUACUACAACUGUGGCGACACUUGGCCAGUUCAACAAAACAGAUAGGAAGGUUAAGAUCAAGUCGACUUUGUGUGAACUGAGAGGAGUUCAAGAGUUCCAGCAGAAUGUGGUCAUUAAUGCAACCACCCAUGCCAUUUUAGAACGGAAAUCCGCUCCUAUCUUUCGAAGAUAUAUACAAAAGGAGGAAAUCGACCUGCUCCCAUUUGAUGCUGCACUCUUCAAUCGUGGAGCACAGGAGGUCCUUGGAUCAGACAUAUCCGUAUUUGCGAACACCAAAAUCAAUGCUGCAGAUACUUUAUUCAACGGAACAAUCCCAAAGAAAGCUUUCUUGGAUGGGUCGGUCCUACAGGAUACUACUAAACGGACGUACAAGCAUUUCUUUAGCCUGGCGGUGAGCACAAGUUCUGCGUUUUUUACCCGCAGCAACGGAACAUCAGUUGGUAAGGUUAUAGUCCGAGGCCAAACAGUAGUUAUUGAUCGGACCUUCGCAAUCGUGUCUGAUAUAUUUCUUGGCUUGGUACUCCUGAUGGGUAUCAUCCUUUGUGCUUAUUCGUAUCAAAGAGACUCGACCCUGAAAAGCGACCCGGAUUCACUCUCCGCUACGAUGGCCCUCAUUGCUCGCAGCAAUCUACCUUCCAAGUUUAAUGGGCUGGAUAGGGCGAGUACCAAGAUCCUGAAAUCGAACAUUGGUCAGAGCAAGGUAAAUAUCGGAUACUGGGAAGAUCCUAAUUCUGGGGGCUUGGUAUAUAAACUUGAUGAAAUACCGGAUUCUCAAUCUCAAAUCUCGCUUCCCCGGACUUCAUUAAAGGAAGAGUCUAUUCCUUUCCAUUUGCGACUUAACAUCGGAGUUUUGUUCUUCGUGACCCACCUCGCCAUAAUCGGCUUUUUGACUUUUCUUUUUAUCCAGAGUAGAGGCUCGGGGCUUCCGCGUCUUUCUGAUAACUCCUUUACAUUCAAUUUAAUCUGGGCGUUCAUACCCACGCUUGUUGCCACAGUGCUGGAGCCGAUAUGGGCCUCCAUCAAUCGAGAUAUCUCGGUUCUCCAGCCUUUCUACAACCUCAUCAAGAGGAACGUCAGUGCAGGGCGGAGUUUAUCUUUAAAAUAUCAAACAAUACCGGCGGUACUUAUGGCGAGGUCCCUUGUUGCCCAUGACUUCCUCCUCUCUGUUGUGUCUUUUGUGACAGUUUCUGUCAGCCUUCUCGCUGUGACGUUGCCUGGUAUAUUUUUUGAGGAUGUUAGAGCGGUUCCGACGACAAUGAACUUUCAACCUCAAGCUACGAAACCUAUAAUCCCGAUUGGGUUUUACUUUUGGGGGUUUAAUUCGCGGCGGGAUAACAAUUUCCUGGAUUCGUUUGCAGCAGCGCGAGCGAACAUCUCAGAGCAUGUACCAUUACCACCAUGGUCGACACGAGAGCAUAUGUUUUUACCCGUGAAACCAGCACCCGAGCUAAAUUCCAGUCUCGACUUUGACUUCUACCGCACAACCACUUUGGGAUUUAGUGGUAGCAUGGAAUGUCGUCCAGUUUUGAACGGCACUGGCGGCGAAUAUAUUUACUACAACCCCAACAACGGCACCACAACUGCCUUUUUGCAAAUCCCAAACACAUACCAAGGAAACCCUUCAGAUAUGCUGCCGUGUCAAACGGUAUUUGGGUACAAACCGCCGGUACUGAGAGAUGAGUCGCCCGCUCAUCAUAAUUCUAUUGUAGGCAGAUGGCCGUUUCCCAGUCUCUACAACGCCGGAGAACUCUACCUCGAUACUUCAGAAGAUGACACUAAGUUGGUGCAUAUAUCCGCUGAGAAGCGUGAAUAUUCCUGGGAGGAAGAGCGACAAAAGUAUAUCAGGGAAGGAUUUUGCUUGAAUAUCAUACCUGUUGCGUGGUCACAUCGUAUUUAUAGCCGGGGUGCAAAGGGUUAUGUCAUGGAGGGCCAACCGAAACAAACAUUGCUAGUUUGCCAACCAAAAGUUACAGUUGCAAACUUCAGCAUAGAGGUCGACCGAAUCGGGAACAUUCAAUCUUAUCGAAAACUAGGAAAUUCAUCUGAAAUCGACGAUUACCUCGAACCCGGAUUUACCAAGACACAAUUUAAUGAGCAUUUGUCCGGUAUAUCCCGCUCGCUCCUUAAGAUUCCAGAAUCUAGGGCACAGGACUGGGAAGGUCUUCUCAUGACCCGCCUCGCGAAGAAUGGCACCGACUACUUUGACCCGGUCGAGCUGGGUAAGCUCGCUAGCGAGACCUUUGCUUUGUCCUUUAGUAUAUUUGCCGCCCAAAACAAAGCCGAGUUGUUUUUGGAAGGGGGUAAGAGCUCUGACAAUGGAUAUGUUAGUGGAACCAUAUUUAAGUAUGAGAAAAGGGUUGUUAUGUCGCCACCGUUGACUAUAGUAUCACUUGCUAUCCUAGGGUUAUUUUGUGGGGCUCUCGUUUUGGUGUAUGUUUUCCGAAGGAAGCGAUACCUCCCGAGGCAACCAACUUCACUGGCGUCUAUGAUUGCUUAUUGUCAAGAUAGUACUCUGUUGGAUGAUCUUGUUGAUACAUGGGGAAUGUCAACUGUACGGAGACAAGAGAUCCUUGAAAAAUUAGGGCACACGUAUGGGUUUGGUUGGUAUAAGGGCCGUGAUGGAACCCGCCGGCUAGGAGUCGACAAAGAGCCACUGCUUGCUAGUUACGAUAUUUCUUAA